GAUAUUACUGGUAAGCAAGCUCCGUGAUAAUGCAGCUUAGUGAGGUUUAGCCCACGUGACCAGUCAUUCACUCCACACACACGCACGCGCGCACACACACCCAUUCAUCUUCAUCCCACCUGAGGCCAAACACCUGACAGAGGUGCUCUUUUGGAGACAAUGAACACUCUGGAAGACGUCCCGUUUGGAACACCUUUGGGGUUACUGGCGCAGGAUGUGUACUUAAUGACGCCUCCAGACAUCUCUGUGCCUGACUGUCCUCGAAUAAUGCAGGAAACUCAGUACGGCUUCAAUCUGGAGAAGCUAAUCUUAACAGGCCAGCAGCCCGUUUCCCAGGCUCCAUCCUGUCCCCCCUACUGGCUGAUGUUCAGCAGCCCUCACGAGUGCUACAGGGACACUCACAGGACCAGCGACCCUUGGGGCUCCAAACCUCGGCGCCGUAGUUACAGCCUGAACUCCGCGGACGUCCACCGGCCGCACCGUCGCACUCUCGGCUUCCGCAGAUCCGACUCGGACGAAGAAGACGGCUAUUGUGAGGACAACGAAGGCUCGUCCCCUGAAGAUGGUCCUCAGGAGCCCGCCAAGGGUCGAGAGCGCCCCCGCAGCGCCGCCCUCUCCAGGGUCAAAGACAUGCACCGAGGUCUUCCCGCCAUGUGCCGCAGGCCUGAGUUGUCACCGAAGAGCCCGAAGAACCACAGAGGCGCCUUGAUACCUCCUGAGUGCGGCCCCUUCUCUCCGGGACAAAAGGCCGCCAAGAAGAAGCAGCGUGCACAGAGUGCUGUGGGCAGAUUACAUCCCCAAAACAAUCCCACAGCUGGGCCCCCUCCAGGAAGGGUGCAGCAGCAACGACCCUCCUCAGCAGGCCCUGUCAUCAAAAACCGCAGGCAAAAGGCUUUCGGGACUGGAGGCUUUCUUGACUCAGCCACAGAACUGCUGUCUGCUCUCAGCCAAGAAGAGAGGGAGCUGCUGGAGGCCGUCACUGACAAAGGAUACCCUUUACGUACUGCCAUCUUGGCUCUGCAGAAGACUGGAUACAACAGCCCAGACAAACUCUUAAAAUACCUGGCAGCCUGCAAUCAUCUGUGCGAGUUGGGCUACGAUGAAGCUCAAGUAGAGGAGGCCUUGGAGAUGUUUCAGAACUGUGAGAGCAAGGCUGCAGAGUUUCUGCGCCUCCUGACUCAGUUCAACGAGAUGGGCUUCCAGCAAAGUGCAAUCAAAGAAGUGCUGCUUGUUCAUGAAAAUCAUCGUGAAAGGGCUCUCGAAGAACUAAUGACCCGCAUGAACUAAACAGAAUAUGUAGAGCACAGGUGUCAAACUCAAGGUCCAGAUGUGGCCUACUAAAGCAAUUCAUGUCUACUUUGUCUCUUGCAAAGUCUAUACCAAAACUGCAAAUUGUCAUGUUUAAUCAAAUGUUUCAAUUGCACUUUUUUUUAGUUAACAAAAUGUAACAGUUGAACAAACUACAGCCAACGUUUAUGACUUUUGAUUUCAAAACUAAUUAUGUCAAUUUGGUGUGUAUUUCUAUUAUGAGACGAUUUAUACUAAGAUUGCAUAUGACAAAUGAGUUUGACACCGCAAAGAAUAUUACAUCUGAGAUAACCAGGUCUGUAACCUUUUAUGCUAUUUAUAUACAUAUUAAAAAAAAAAAAAAAAAACAUUUGAAAAAAAAACAACAACAAAAAGACAGGAAAGUUUUGUUCGAACGUUUAUUACGUUUCUGAAGGGUAAAAGUCGCUGUAAUUCCAGCUGGGGGGGGGGGGGGAAAUUGUUGCUUAAGCACUAAAAACGUGAAGUGAUAGAUAUAGCAAAGGUUUCAUGAACACUAGUUGCUAAAGCACUAAAAAUGUGAAGUGAUAGAUAUAGCAAACAUUUCAUGAAUAAUAUUGAAAAUAAGGCAAGUAAAAGGUCAACAUAUGCACAAACAUUUACUUUCCACAAAAAUACAGGGAAGACCGCCACAGUAGUGACGAUAAAAUAAGCCUGAGUAAAAAGGGAUCAUCAAAAUGUUCACACAUUUGUAAACUAUUUACAUUUUUUGGCAAAGGUUCCCUCUUGCCACACAAACAGCAGAGCUAGAAGACUUUGGUCACUGUUGACUGACAGUGGAGUUGAGCAGUUUAGAAUUCACAUUCGAUUUAGAAGCCUUCGACAGGUCCCUCUGUGAAAGAAGAACGUUGAUUCAGUUAGCUGUAGAGAGAAUGGCUUAACACAUCAAUCGUUUGUUUGCACUACAACAUGACAUCCCAUUCAGAAUAAUGAGGUGGAAAUUGAGUUGUUGUUGUUUUUUUGUACAAUGUAAGCAGUAUAUACUGUAUUUAAUGCACAUCCUUUUAGGUGUCAGAACUUGAAGGAUGAGCUAUAAAAGCACUCACUGAAAAUUAACCAGUUUGCUAGUUCAAUGUUAUUUUGAAAAUUCUGCAGAACUUUUAAGUUAAAUUCUAUCUUUUCCAUUUACAGUCAGGUCACAGCAUUGCCACCAUAUAACUCAUAUGUGUUUGUUAUAAGUAAAAAUAAUGUGCUUUGGUGAUUGUUAAAACUGCAUUUACCGAAAAUUCCGAAUAGGAGCUCGCAAUACAGUUAAAGGUGAUGGUGCAAUCUUGAGUAUCCUGAGACCUGAGUGCGCCACAUGGAGUGUUUCUGUUAAGGACGUCGAGGUUUUCCUUGUUCCGGUCAAGUGCACGGGGAGUCUUUGCAUGCCCAGCGGUUCGUAGGCCGAGACCCUACAAGUUAGAUUUCAAUGACUCAUGCUGAAAAUGUUCACUUAUUACAGAACCUAUGUCCCAUCAAGGCAAACCACGAUGGAUCCGUCACCAUACCUUACUGGCAGAUAGAGGAGGCUUUUGGAUUGAAGACUGGCCCAUGGUUCCCCCGAAGCCUGAACUGAGGAAGCUAUUAGGCGUGGACAUGGUUGACAUUCCCAUCUGCAGAAAACAUGAGGACAGUACAAAUCUUCGUUCCAAUCUUCCAGAAUCAUAAUCCACGGCAUAUUUCAAGCAAGUGACCUUUCUUUGUUUGCUUGGUGUGAGGGUUCCGGCGAUUCGCCUUUUGGACGGUGUCCUCACUGCAGUUCCGUACAACAUGUCCUCCUGAGUCUGUUUGCUCCUCUUCAGUUGCUAAUUCGAACAACAAAACAUCAAUGACCAAUUAUGUUUUUACAAACUAUUUGAUUUCAUCUUUCACACACCCUCUCCAUUUUCUCUUUCUCCUUCUCGAUGUGAUGCUGCUCCCACUGCUGCUGCACAUAAUCCAGAAACUUCUGCCCGUCGACAAAAAACUCUUUGCCUUGCUCUUGCUCCCACGAAUCUAUUUUGGCCUUUAGAGCCUUCUCAAGCUGUUUUGGGGGUGGGGGGGGGGACAAAAAAAAACAACAAAAACAAAAAAAAACAACAAAAAAACUUGCCAUCUUCAUACAAAACAUGUAUUGAUCACAAGACAGUUUUUUUUUUUUUUUUUUUACAUUUACAGGAGUUGACUCAGCAGCCUACUCCUACCCAAGUAUCUGUUCUUCUGCUUAAGUACAAAGUGUGAGUACUUUUGCCAUCUUUGCGCAGUACCUUGGGCAAACUUUUCUGAAGGUCACUUCGCUGCUUCUCCUCCUUCAGCAGGUUUCCACCUCUGUUGUUAAACCUCGAGGUGUCAUUGGCUUUCCUCUGAGAUGAGAAAUGACAUCACGUAAAACACAAAUACCACCCAAAAGAAGUUUACAGUACUUCUAACUAUGUGACGUACUCACAUCGAGUUCCAAAUAAACAGCCCAAUUCUCCUGCCAUUUUGCGACACCUUCAAACAGCUCUUGAUGGCCCUCAAAGUAGCUCUUCAGAGUUUUGACUUCAUCCUCGUGCAGUUUGAGCAGCUCCUCAGUAAAGUCAUCUGCAUUAAAGAAACACACUGAUAAUUGUUCUAUCCGUGAUGAUCUCCUACCACAUAUCCACUCACUGGACACUAUUAGGCACACCUGCACAAAGGAAUGAGAUCUCACUUUUGAUCGGCAAUGCCAUUUCCCAAUACGGUUAUUAUUGUGGUUGUAGUUUGAACUGCACUGUAUUAUACUGGGUGGUUUUUGUAAUACUUUGGUUUCCAUAUUUACAGUAGAUUCAUGACAGGGGCAAAAUAUUAGAAACAGCUCCUUAUGAAUGAGGCAGUACAACACAACUACAAUAUUAAUCAAACUUUUUAAUUAAUACCGCUCAGAGUCAUGAUGCUUCAGUACUAUGAUUGUUGUACAGCGUUUCAUUGCCGCUUCACUACUUGUCAUUUUUGGUAAUCUAACCUACGUUAUUUGCAAUAAAUCAAUUAUUUAAUUUAAAAAGAGCCAAUUUUCUGUGUUUGCGCUCUUUCUGAAACUCCCCAAGAUGGCGCCAAAGCCUGUCUCACUCCAGCAGGAAUGACUCAAGUGGCUCAGUGAAGCCUAAUGAUUUUGAAAGAAUAUUAGUGAGCCACUUGACAUGAAAUUAUGCUGGUGUACCUAAUGUUGUGGCCAGUAAGCGUAUAUACUGUACAAUUCAGCGCAGGAAAGAUUGUGCCACUACAGCAAAAUCUUGUCACCAUGGUGAUAAUGAAGAAAAGCCUCGCGCUGUUCUUGGCUGUAGAAGCACGUUUCCCAGUAAAGAGAAAUCUCAGCUCUGAUGGCCUCGAUCACACUUUUCAUGCUGUGGAGUUUCA